UCGAUGAAAUCAAGCACACAGCCGUGAUAAGUAGGGACACCAACAUUGCAACGCUUGGUCGCUCCUAACUAGAUUGAUCUAAUUUAGCCAACCAAAACUAUUACCAGUGUCAAAAACAAAAGGAAAACAGUUGUCAGUCAUCCGUCAAAGCGUGAGCAAUUCCGAGUCCAUCCCCAGCCAAUAGGAAAAGAAUAUGGUCCAACCACAAUCUCAAUCGUUGUCAUUCUCAACCACGAAAAUCUGUUCGUCGUCUUCAUCGUCGUCGUCGUCGUCGUCUCUGGUCGGUUGGCGGGUCGUUUCUUGGCUAGCCGCCGUUGGCCCCCUGAUCAUCUUGCUCCAAAUGAGUGCAGCCCUGCCCGUCCAAGAUCUCUCUUCAAAGCAACCCUGGCAAUGGGAACCAUUAUCUGAUCUUCCCCGUCCAGUGGCUUCUUUGUCGGCCAUCGCUUCUAGUGAUGACUUGUCAAACGAUAGUUCUUUGCCCAUGGCCAAUGUUCCAGUAGUCCAAUCCAAUGUCCAGGGUAAACGCUCAAGACAACGACGAAACUCGCACAUGAAAGCCUUGCUGGAUUCGACAAUUCAUUUUGAUGGGGAGGUGGUGGCUUUACCACUGAGUGGAACAGAUUUGAAGCCCCUGACCCUUGUGGAUAUGCCAUCACUUUUGCACUCGAAAAGGGCAAACCGCAGGCACUUGGAAACCAACCACGACGAUACCCAAGUGUCCACCGUGGCACCAAUUCUUUCAGCUGUGUCCUCUUCAUCUGUUACAUCAAAACCUUCUCGGAAGUCAAUGACAGUUUCCGCAUUGGGAUCACAUUCAAAGAUUAUGGACCAAUCCAUUCAAACCGAGAUGGUUUCCAAAAUCUCGCCACCAGCUCGGGUAUUUCGGCUCAAAAACGCCCCCGGACAACUCCUGCCCCACCCACCCAAAAACUCGCAAUUGAUCUUGACUAAGAGCCGCAGAUUUGUGCCCAAAGGCUCGUUCAAAGCUCACGUCCGUCAUUCAGGGCACAAAUUGGAAACCCUCUUCUUGUCAAUCUUUGAUAAGUCGCUGCCCAAAAACGAUAUGCUCGGGACGGCAACCCAAGAAGCUCAAACCACCCCCAAAUGGAGAAACGCGGUGCUGAGUUAUCUUUUGAACAUGAAGACCAAAGACCAGACGAUUGAAGACCUUGUCUUGAGCGAGGUAGAAAUAUUGGCCGAAGAAGAAGCCAUCCGACCUGAAGACGAGCAGAAUGUGGUUUGCAAAGUGUCCCCUUACCGAGUGUGUUACCACUUGGGCAACGAUGGCAGGCUGCGACCUUUGCGCAAGGCUCAUCAACUCAUGAACAUUAUGCGAGUCUACUGAUACAAACCAUCAUUAUAGCCAUCAUCAUCAUCAUCAUCAUCAUCAUCAUUACCGCUUUAGAAGACCAAUUGACUUGGUCAUCUUGGCCCACCAUCCAUAAUCUAACUACAAAUUCGUUCUGGAUUCAAUCAACUCAUCCCAUCUGUCUCGGGAAUGUGAUUGUUCCCAAGUGAAUACCAACUCCAAGGCAGCCCCUCCAACGAUAUUGCGCACCUUCUUAUCUUGAAAUGCACUCAUAACCGCCUGGUUGUCCUUGAUGUUGAAACAUACUAUAAUAUUAUUCUCUUACGCCAUGGAA